AUGGCUGCGGUGGCCAGGAACGCAUCAGUGACAACCGGGGGCGACUCUAUCCUGUUCAGGGUGAAGCUUUUCAUCAUGGUGUUUCUGACGGUCGUCGACAUGACUCUCAACAGCAGCGUGGAGCACGAAACUUUUGGCACGUGGGACGGGACCGGGAGGGACGGAACCGCCUUGGUGCUCAUCCUUGGGUUUCAGCUCGUGGUCCAAGUGGGAAAUUUCGCUUGUCUCUUUCUUAUGAUGUUUGAGACUUACCCGUUUCGAGUCGGGCUUAUGGGGAUGCUGACGUCGCAAUACCUGACGGUGUACGUCAUAAACGUCUUGUAUUUUGUCACGACAGCCUGCGUCUACGGCUAUCGAGUGGCAGCCAUGGUGCAAGGCGAAGAGGGGAUGGGAAUCUGGCAGGUGUGGGACUUGCGCGGCUACCUUCCUCUCUCAAUCUUCCACAAGAUAGGCGAGUGCCGCCGGCGACACUUGGCUCCGCCGGCCGUUCCUCCCGCAGAGCAACCAGUUGUGUCCCUCUGUGGCGAUGAACAUCUCAAUCUCGCGCCCUCGACAAGUCAGGCAGUCAUGAAAACCCGGGCAGCCUAG